CAUUUGGGGGAUAUCUGUACUGUCCUGACAUUUGGGGGAUAUCUGUACUGUCCUGACAUUUGGGGGAUAUCUGUACUGUUCAGACAUUUGGGGGAUAUCUGUACUGUCCUGACAUUUGGGGGAUAUCUGUACUGUCCUGACAUUUGGGGGAUAUCUGUACUGUUCAGACAU